UAUAAUGGGGGGCGGUUUUGAAUUACGCCGCCUGUCCACAUUCUCCAUACUGUAAACAAGUGUAGUGCUUUAAAUGGAAGUCAGAUCGACCCAUAUAUACCCUUAAAUAUACUUGCGAAUUGUAUUACUUUUAUAUCAUCAAAUAUUCAAUGUCAUAUACUAUAAGAUUUGAUAUAUUUUCGCAGCUCGAUGUUCGUUGUCUAAAAGAUUGAAUACAAGAUGUUAUGAAUAAAUCCAAAUUGGAUAUACCCCUCUAUCGGAUUUCAUGGGCACAGGGUAUCACAACAAAUUCGCCGGCAUCCACAUCCGCCGUGUCGGCAUCUUCGAGUCAACAGUCGUGAAUUUUCUUUGCCGUGGACAUGACCAGUGUUCGUCUCCUGUUCCCGCUGUUACUUCCAGUGCUGCUGGACGCAGUUGCUCCUCCACCUCCACGGCGACCCAAUGUGGUGAUGGUGAUCUUCGACGAUCUGCGUCCAGUAAUUGGCGCCUAUGGCGAUCCGCUGGCCAGCACUCCGUAUUUAGAUGAUUUUGCCCGGGGAAGUCAUGUCUUCACAAGGGUUUAUAGUCAGCAAUCUCUGUGUGCACCCAGUCGGAAUUCCCUGCUCACAGGUCGAAGACCGGAUACUUUGCAUCUGUAUGAUUUCUACAGUUACUGGCGCACUUUCACCGGAAACUUUACCACUUUGCCGCAGUACUUCAAGGAGCACGGAUACUACACCUACAGCUGCGGAAAGGUAUUCCAUCCUGGCCUGUCCUCCAACAACACGGAUGACUAUCCCCUCAGCUGGUCAGCUCCUGCAUUUCGUCCUAGAACCGAGCAGUUUAUGAACUCGCCGGUGUGUCCAGAUAAGGAGGGAAUUCUCCGGAAGAAUCUCAUCUGUCCCGUGGAGCUGCAAACGCAGCCGUACAAGACUCUUCCAGAUAUCGAGUCCGUGGCGGAGGCUUUACGCUUUGUUGAAUCCCGGAAGAAUAACAACCGAGAGCCCUUCUUUCUGGCCAUGGGUUUCCACAAGCCCCACAUAAACUUUCGGUUUCCACGGCAAUUUCUGUCAAGAUUUAAACUCUCGCAGUUUUACAAUUACACGGAGGAUAGUUUAAAACCACCGGAUAUGCCGGCGGUGGCCUGGAAUCCCUAUACGGAUGUUCGUGCUAGGGAUGACUUCAAGCACUCCAAUAUAUCCUUUCCCUAUGGACCGAUAUCCCGGCAUCAGGCCGCUCAGAUAAGACAGGGAUACUACGCCUCGGUGGCCUAUGUGGAUGAUCUGUUUGGCAAGUUGAUUGGUGGACUGAAUCUAGAUGAGACGGUGGUGGUGGUGCUGGGGGAUCAUGGCUGGUCCUUGGGCGAACACGCCGAAUGGGCCAAGUACAGCAACUUCGAGGUGGCUCUCAGGGUUCCACUGAUCAUUAGAACGCCGCAGUUUCCCUUAACCCAAACGAAGUACUACCAUGCGAUCACAGAACUCUUGGAUGUGUUCCCCACUUUAGUGGAUCUGGCGGGAUUACCUAAAUUGCCUUCUUGCCAGAAUUCCCAGGAGUUGACCUGCGGCGAGGGUAAGAGUCUUUACUUCCAGCUUAUGGGUCUGGGUAGAGCUGAUGAGCAUGUGGCCCUCAGUCAGUAUCCUCGACCCGGAAUGCUGCCCACAAAACACCCAAAUAGCGACAAGCCCAAGCUGAGGAAUAUCAAAAUCAUGGGCUAUAGCCUUAGAACCGAUAUCUAUAGGUAUACCUUGUGGGUGAGAUUUCAUGCCCAGAACUUUAGCAGAGACUGGCACGAUGUGUAUGGCGAGGAGUUGUACGACCAUCGCCUGGAUUCUGGAGAGGAGUUGAACCUGGUGCCGCUGCCCGAGUUCGAUGAUGUGCGCCAGCGACUGCGCCGGCGUUUGAUGGAGGUCGUGGGCAGCUAGUGGAGAUCGGAGAUCCUCCACUCCCCCCCCUCGGGGAAUCUCUCUCUGAUUUUGAAUAAAUUCAUAAGCAA